CCUGUCUUCUUGUCAACAAUGGUUUCUCAGUUGGCUGUGUUGUCCAUUCGUCUGCAGAUCUAUGCCAUAUUCCCAUCAUUCUAAAUUGGGCUGUCGCUGUAAUUCUGUUGAAUUGGCCCCGAAACUCCCAGUCUUUCGGUCUUCUUCUGUUGGACUGAUAUAGCCAAAUAGCGGACACUUGACGAGAGCGAAGUUACAGACACACACAGAGAGAGAGAGAGAGAGAGAGAGAGAGAAGGGCGGGGGGGAUUUGUUGCGCCAGCCUUGGUCCGGACAUCAGUUCACUUUUUCUCUGUUGCCUACUGUCCCUACAGGGUUCCGCUUCUCUUUAUAUAUCUUCCGGAUCCUCUCACAUAACAUCCACUCCAACGAGCUCAACUCGCCUGUUCAAACUCGCUACCAGCUACUUUCUCUCGCCUGUCACCCGCCAAAGGCUCUGCCUACUACUUUCUCUCUUGGGAGGGUUCCCUUCUACCUCCACUGUCAACAUGGGCUUCCUCGAAGUAGUCCUGGAGCGGGCCUCCAUCUCAUCUAUCGCUGGCUUCCUUGCGUUCAUGGUCCUCCUAUGGGCCAUCACGAACCGUCUCGACAAGUAUCUUCGCUUACGCCGCCUUCCAGGUGCUCCGGGGAAGAUUAUGCCGGGGACCUUUCCCUUGGGCAUCCGCUUCGUAUACCGUGCGGUCAAGUCCGCCCGGAACCACACCAACCUGGACUUCUGGCUCGACAACUUCUCCGCAGUCGGCGGGUACACUGGCGAGACCAACGUGUUGGGCCAGACCGUCAUCUCCACGGCCGACCCGGAGAACAUCAAGGCCAUCCUCGCCACUCAGUUCUCCGACUUUGGCAAGGGGGCGCCGUUCCACGAGGAGUGGAAGGACUUUUUGGGCGACAGCAUCUUCACCACCGACGGCCACAUGUGGCAUACCAGCCGCCAGCUCAUCCGUCCUCAGUUUAUUCGUGACCGGGUCAGCGACCUCCACUGCUUCGAGUCGCACAUCCAGACCCUCUUCCGCGCCAUUGCCAAUGGUGGUGUCUUGACCUCCAGCGACCAGCCUGUGGACUUUGACCAGGUCAACGGCCGCGUGCUUGAUAUCAGCGAUCUCUUCUUCCGCUAUACCCUGGACUGUGCUACGGACUUUUUACUGGGUCACGAUGUCCAGUCCAUGACGACCCCCAAUCAAAAAUUCGCCGAAGCGUUCAACGAAGUCCAGCGAGUCCAGAGCAUCCUCGCCCGCGCCGGCCGUUUCCGGCCCUUGAUAGAUCGCAAGUCCUUCUUCGCCGGCCUGGAAGUCAUCAACUCCUUCGUGAACCAGUACAUCGACCGCGCCCUCCUCCUGAGCCCCGACGAGUUGGCCUCCAAGGCCAAGUCCGACAAGGGCUACACCUUCCUCCACGAGCUCGCCAGCUUUACCCGCGACCGCAAGGUCCUUCGCGACCAGCUCGUCGCCAUCCUCCUCGCCGGUCGCGACACCACCGCCAGCACCCUCUCGUGGACCCUCUACGAGCUCGGCCGCCACCCGGACGCCGUGCGCAAGCUCCGCGCCGAGAUCCUCGAGCACGUCGGCCCGGACCGCGCCCCCAGCUACGCCGACCUCAAGGCGAUGAAGUACCUGCAGAACGUCAUGAACGAGACCCUCCGCCUCUACCCCGUCGUCCCCUUCAACGUCCGCCUCGCCCUCCACGACACCACCCUGCCCCGCGGCGGCGGCCCCGACGGCUCCCAGCCGCUGCCCGUCCUCAAACACACCCCCGUCAGCUACUCCACCCUCGCCAUGCAGCGCCGUGCCGACCUCUACCCGGGCCCCUCGGACACCUUCGCCCCGCACGACGUCUUCUCCCCCGACCGCUGGUUCCACUGGCAGCCCAAGCCGUGGACCUACAUCCCCUUCAACGGCGGGCCGCGCAUCUGCAUCGGCCAGCAGUUCGCCCUUACGGAGAUGAGCUACGUGCUUUGCCGCAUGUUCCAGCGCUACGAGCGCGUCGAGAGCUACAUGCGGGAUGUCGACGGCGGCGACCCCUGUCUCAAGGCCGACAUCGUCUUGCAACCGGGUCAUGGUGUCAAGGUUGCCUUUUGGGAACCAGAAAAGUAGUAAGGAGGGUGAAGUGUGGGUAUUUAUUGUGUGCAACAGGUACCGAGACGUCUUUCUAUCUAUCCCAUCAACUCCUUUUUUUUUUCAUCAUCUUUCUCCAAGAAAGAGGGUUGGAACCUGAGCACAGGGGACUGUUUUAUGAGACUCGUGAAGCUCAGAAGGCGGCGAUUGCCUUGCAUUUUAUGAUGUGAAUGACCAACAUGACCGACUGCUGCGAGGCACCGUAUUAUUGAAAUGUAUUCGAAAGUUAAGAUCAUCUCUGCAAAAGAAUACCCAAUGACUUCAUAUUCAGUGGACGUGCUUCUCUCAAGUCAUAAGCUAGGUCUAUGAUCUGGUGCGACGUGAUAUGCAAGUCAUUUAACGUGAUGCUAUUCCGAUGC